AUGUUAAGAUAUAUUCCGAGACUUGCCACCAGAUCGACUAGAAAUAUUCGUUUCUUUGCAACGAAAACUCCUUCUAGCCAUGAUUUGUACAUGGAAAAGCUUCAGAAAAAGGCUACGGCCAUGGGCUUGAGUUCUGUGGAAGAGUUGAAAGCUAAGUUAAAGGAUGACAUUGCCCAAAAGAAAAAGGAGUUCAAUGCCUUGGAUCCACUUAAGGAACUUGACGAAUUUGAGCAGAAACAGGCAGAGAUCUUGAAGCAGAAAAAGAAGAGUCUGGCUGCAGACAGAGGUCCAAUUGAUAAAAGUGAACCUCAAGCUCCAUAUAAGACUCUUUCGUCGUUCGUUGAUGUGGAGAAAGUAGUAGAAUUGCCUGAAAAGGAAUUGAAGUUCAUCUGGAACGCCCGUUUUCUGAACAAGGAAGGUGCCAUGCAUGCUACACUCAAUGCAACUCAAUUUGCUAAUAUUUAUGCGAAUGCUUUCAAGAAUCCUAACUUCAUCUUGCCUUUGCCCAGAGACGGACAGGGUUACGAAAUGCAUUUCGUGCAAUGGGCGUUUGUAGGACCAUACACCACUCACUGUAUGUUAACCUCGUUGGCAGAAUACAAGCUUCACAAUGAAUAUGCCAAACCACACACCACGCUCAUGUUCCAUCAGGAAUUGGUUGAUGAGACUGGAUUGGUGUUGAUGAACGGACAAUUGGAGAAAGACUCGCUGAUGACCUUAGACGAAGCUCAGCUUUUGGUGCUUAAUGUUCAAAGAUUCUAUGGCGGAUUAACCGAGUCGCUUGGCUCUGCCAGAAAGUUGGCCUUGUUGAAAGCAUUUACUAGCGGAAGUGAAGACUUCGACAUGGACAAACUCAUUGAGGAAGCAGCCUCGUUUGAUUAG